UACUUCUGUGACCUCCGUUGGUAAGAACAUCUCCAAAAUGCAUUAGAUACAAUUUGAAAUCACUUCAAAGAGCAUAUUUAGCCUAUGCAAACAUUCUUUUCUAUUCCUUCAAUUUCGAUUCUUUUGUGUGUUCAGGGUUUAGCGUUCUAGUCUUUCAAGUUUUACUAUAUCCCCUGGUUGAGAGAGCCUUUGGCCCUGUAACAAUAAUGCGAGUUGCAGGAAUAAUGUCAAUAUAUACCCUUGCUGACAAGCUACCCCUACAUUGCAAAUUUAUCUGGGAUCACCCUCUCUCUAGUGUUAAAUUGUGCAUCUCUCAUAAAGAACAUUUUGGGUAUGGCAAUUACAACAGGAUUGUUAAUACUGCAGAACAAAGCUGUGGAGCAAGAUCAAAGAGCAGCAGCUAAUGGUGUUGCAAUGACUGGAAUGUCAAUGUUUAAAACUGUAGGUCCAGUAGGAGUUGGAGCACUAUUUUCUUGGUCAGAAAAGAGGCAAGAUGCUUCCUUCCUUCCAGGCAAUCAUAUGGUUUUCUUUGUUCUGAAUGUGAUUGAGGGAAUUGGUGUGUUGCUCACGUUUAAACCAUUUCUUGUUGUACGCCAAGUUAGUGUAUAGAGUGAGCAUUUUUCCCCACCAUACAUUGCUUCUGGGAAGAUAGAUAAACCUUAC